UUAAAACUCUGAUGUUUAUACCUCACAAAGUUAUGUUGUGUGAACCAAGAUGGAUGAAAAAAGUAGGCUUCAGUGACAAAUAUCUUUCAGUUGUAACAGGGAUUUAAAGGAGGUGGGAUACAGACCGAGGCAGAUACCCUGACAUCACAACAGGUGUCCCGAUCAUCCGUCCAGCUGUAUGUCUCACUGACAUUAAGGAGAGAGAGCCAGCACUUAUUCCGUCCGUCUUCCACUCAUGAUGCCGUCCCAUGUGCCAGAAAUACCCAACAUCCCCCAAGUGCCCAUAUGGAGUGCCCGCCAGCCCAAUCUGCCCCCACCCCAGAGGAUGUAUCCGUCCAUGCCCAGAAACCACAUGGAGGCUGCUGCCAUGACCUAUAACCCUGGAUGCAGAUUUGGCAAAAAGUUUCCUGCCAUGUCGCAAACUUCAACUAUAUCCCCGAACAGUUCAGUCACUGGGCCUCCCUUGUCUCAGGAGGCUUUUGAUUACUUGUGGCAUAGCUUAGAAGAGUGCACAGAUCAGGGCCAAUACACACACAUACAACAACGAGACUUGGACUAUUCCUAUGAAGACAUCAACGAAGACGAUGACACCACCAGUCUUCAGAUUGAAAGAUUCCAAAUCAAGUCCAACCAUCAGGACUCAAUCACAGACCUUUUAAAUCCCAUAAUUCCACAAUCAACAGCCUCUUCAAUGAGUCCAGACUCUCAAACUGGCAUCAUAGGCAGCUCAACAGCAUCAUCCCCAUACAAUGAUACCAUCACCUCUCCCCCACCGUACUCGCCCCACACAAGUAUGACCUCACCCAUUCCCACAGUUCCAUCCAACACUGACUAUGCCGGGGAUUCUGGAUUUCAGAUUUCAUUUUCGCAACCAUCGAAAGAAACGAAAUCAACAACAUGGACAUACUCCGAAUCAUUAAAGAAACUAUAUGUCAGAAUGGCUACCACUUGCCCGGUACGUUUCAAAACACAGCGCCAACCACCUGCAGGCUGUAUCAUCAGAGCCAUGCCCAUUUUCAUGAAACCAGAACAUGUUCAGGAACCUGUGAAGCGAUGUCCAAACCAUGCGACAUCCAAAGAGAAUAAUGAAAAUCAUCCCGCCCCAACACAUUUAGUGAGAUGUGAACACAAACUGGCAAAAUAUACAGAAGAUUCAUACACAUCCAGACAAAGCGUCAUAAUCCCCCAUGAGCAGCCCCAGGCAGGGUCCGAGUGGGUAACCAACCUGUUCCAGUUCAUGUGUCUGGGUUCCUGUGUGGGAGGACCUAACAGAAGACCCAUCCAAAUUGUCUUCACCCUGGAAAAAGACAACCAAGUGCUUGGGAGACGGGCAGUAGAAGUAAGGAUAUGUGCUUGUCCUGGAAGGGACCGUAAGGCAGACGAAAAGGCAGCUCUCCCACCUGCCAAGCAGUCGCCCAAAAAGAUUGGAAGCAAGAUCUCCUAUGGUACAGAAAUUACAACCAUUAUGCCCGGAAAGAAGAGGAAGUUGGAUGACGGAGGAGAAGAAUCCUUCACCCUAACAGUGCGUGGUAAAGAAAACUUCGACAUUCUUUGUAAACUGCGGGAUUCCUUAGAACUUGCGUCCAUGGUUCCUCAGAAUCAGAUUGACCGCUACAAGCAACAGCAGGUGGAGGUGAACAGACAGCCCAGUUUGAUAGCAGCAAGUCGAGAAUCGGAGGUGGUUGUGCAAACAGAGUCAACUAGUAGACAGGCCACACUCCCAUUUACACCCGAGGUAGCCAAUCAGAUUCAAGUGUCUUCCUCACAGAACGGUGCUGUCCAGGUGAUCCCGAUAGAGAACGGAGACGCUCAAAUAAAGGAGGAACUGCUGAAUGGCACUGACAAUAGCAUUGCAACUUGGUUGACCAGCUUGGGCCUGUCAGCGUACAUAGACAAUUUCCACCAACAGAACCUGGUAACAAUGAGCCAGUUAGAAGAUCACACUCUAGAGGAUCUUCAAAAAAUGAAGAUUGGAACAACACACCGAAAUAAGAUAUGGAAAGGAUUGGUGGAGUACAAGAACUCCGUAAACUGUCUGGACCCAGAAUCCUUACAGAGGGAUAAUAGCACAGCUUCCUCCAUAAAUCUGAACUCCCAAGGUUCCAUAUCACAGAGCUCCACCUACUGUCCGGGAUAUUACGAGGUCACCCGGUACACCUUUAAGCACACAAUCUCGAUGACACGAGAGACCAAGAGGCCGAGAACUGACGAGUAAACGCUGUAAGGACCAAAGAUCCCCCACAACGAUCAGAAUCGUACCAACGUAUUGAACAAUUUGUUUACGUACACGUUGGUCAAAAUGUCAAUGCUUAUUUAUGCAAACAAGGAAAUGUUUUCAAGUUUUUACAACCUUGUGCUCUUUUUUUCCCGCGAGGAGCAGUUUUGUAGAAAAUUGUUUCAGCUUUUUUUUUCUUGUCUAUUUGUUAAUGAUUGUUAUGUAUAUUUUUUGAGUUUCGUAGAGUUAGCAUUUGAACAAGAGUAUAGACUUACGUAUGGUCUUAUUUGCUUUUUUUGUUUUGCUAGCGUUAAUUGGUUUUUUGUUUUGUUUUUGAUGUUAAUUUAAAAAGAGAUAUACAAUGACAAAACGUUAAUGGUGUUCAAAGUUCAUUGUGAACAAACUACUUCUGUGUUCAGUGAUGCAAUUACAUUGAUCAUGUUCAUGUUGUCCUUCGUUUUUAUAUCACAAAUGAAAUUAUGAUGGUGCAAUUAAAGUAUUCCAUUUUCAUUCCAUUUAAUUUGAAAUGCAUUAAAUUGUAUUUUUUAUGGGUUGAUCAUUAUAAUUUUAUAACCAUUGGAUUGCCACAAUUUAUUUUACUUCAAGAAACAUUUUAGACAUUGUUGAUUUUUUUUUUAUAAUUUGUGAAGAAUUUAAUACGGUACUUAUGGUUUUAAUGAAAGUAUAUCUGAAGCGUUCUCAAAGCGACAGAAAUGUUUUCUACUCAUCAUUUAUCAUCUCAUUUUUGUGCAUCACAUCAAGCAAGUCAAGAAACUCUCCGUCCUGUUUCAUUUUCUGUUGACUAUUUUUUUUUUUUAAAGGAAAAGAAAACCAUGUUGUUGAGCAAUAUUCUAUAUUUAACUGAUAUGUAUUGUGUGUACAUGUGUCCUUUGCUGUGAAGUAUAUUUAAUGAGUGUGACAGUGUAUAGGAAGCAUUCUGAGUACAACAAUGUAUCCAUUAUAAGAUUUCAUUUAUUUAUGAAAUAGAAACCAUAUUCUGUUUUGCCUAAACAAUGUUGUCAUAACCAAAUUAACCUGUACAUGUACAUUUAUAAUUUGUAGUGAGUAGUGUUGAUUUAUAUAUUUAAAAGCUGUUUAAAUUACUUUACAACCAAUAUUGGAAUCCUUCAGAUGGAAUAUCUCAGCAUAUUUUGACAACACUGCCUUUCAAAAAAGUAAACCAACUGCAUUUUUCAUCAUCUUGUUUAAAUCUGUUAAGAUAAUUCAUUAUCUAGAAUAAUUCAUUGUUUUAUGGAAGUAAUAACUGUUCAAAAAAGCAUUUGCUUUGAAGUAGGUGUGAAAACGAAUUAAUGUUAGAAAGUGUUCGGACUUGGAGUGUGCAAUGGUUGAUAUUGUGCCUUAGGAUGUGUUAACAGAUUAAAUACAGUCACCUUAGCAGGCAAUUUCUUCUCGCUUGCUGUCACUGGUUCAGACAGUAACAAACUAGAUACAUGCCAUUAGAGCUCUCCUUCUUGUCAAAAUUACAGUAGGGAAGAUGUCUAUAAACUGUAGCAUGAACGUAACUAUUCCUAUUGCACUUGAAACAACAAAAAUCAGUGCUUGUGUUCUUAGCCAAUAUUCUGAUUGUAUAGUGUAUGUGUGUACCAAUAUUUCCUGUGUUUUCUUUGUUUUACUGUAUUUGAAAAAAAAAAUAUGAAUGAAACACAAAGAUGACUACUUAAAGCUGCAUAUGAUCGCCAUAUAUGAAGAGAAAGUAUUUUGAGACUUCUUAUGUAAAAUCCAAAUCUAUGUGAUACUUUGUGUGAUUCAAAUGUUUCUUUGGCUUUAGUGAGAAUUUAAGAGAGAGAAAAGUUUUCUAUGAAUCGUUGAUUGUACAUACCUUGCAAAGUCUAUGAGCUUACUUUUGAUAACCAUUAUAUGAUACAAAUAAUGAGUGGAAAAUGUUUUAUAAUUUUGUUUUACAUUACAAUGAUAUAAAAUAAAGCAAGAAAUAUAUCUAUUUA